UUGUUGACUUCCGGUACGCGAUAGUGUGGGCUCUUCGGAGGGUCGCUAAUGGGGGUCCGUUGGGCCUUUGCCGUCUGUUUCGGAGCCAAGGCCCUGCCUUAGGCCCGACGCAGCCACCCACUGUUUGGACCUGGUGCAGACCCAGGUUGCCAGGAUGCCCCUCGGCAUGGGGGACCCCGAUGAAUUGGUGCCCGAUUCGGGUGCAGUUUUCACAUUUGGAAAAACUAGAUUUGCAGAAAAUAUUCCAAGCAAAUUCUGGUUUAAAAACGAUAUACCAAUAUGUCUUUCAUGUGGUGAUGAGCAUACUGCUAUUGUUACAGGAAAUAAUAAACUUUACGUGUUUGGCAGUAACAACUGGGGCCAGUUAGGAUUAGGAUCCAAGUCAGCAAUAACCAAGCCAACAUGUGUCAAAGCAUUAAAACCUGAAAAAGUGAUAUUUGUUGCCUGUGGAAGAAACCACACCCUAAUUUCAACAGAAAAAGGCAAUGUAUAUGCAGCUGGAGGAAAUAAUGAAGGGCAGCUGGGACUUGGCGACACUGAAGAAAGGAACACUUUCGAGCUAAUUAGUUUUUUCACUUGCGAGCAUAAGAUUAAACAGCUUGCUGCUGGAUCUAAUACUUCAGCUGCAUUAACUGAGGAUGGAAAACUCUUUAUGUGGGGUGACAAUUCUGAAGGACAAAUUGGCUUACAAGAUUUGACUAAUGUGUGUAUUCCUCAUCAAGUGACCAUUGGGAAACCUAUCUCAUGGAUCUCUUGUGGCUAUUAUCAUUCUGCCUUUGUAACAACUGAGGGAGAACUGUUCACAUUUGGAGAAACUGACUCUGGGAAGUUAGGUCUUCCCAAGGAACUGCUGGACAAUCACCGAACACCACAGCAGGUGUUUGGAAUUUCUGAGAGGGUGAUUCAAGUAGCUUGUGGUGGAGCACACACAGUGGUUCUCACAGAGAAAUCUGUGUAUGCCUUUGGACUGGGACAGUUUGGUCAGCUGGGUCUUGGCACUUUUCUAUUUGAAACUUCAGAACCCAAAGCCAUUGAGAAUAUUAAGGACCAGAAAAUAUGCUCUAUUUCCUGUGGAGAAAAUCACACAGCUCUAGUAACAGAUGUUGGUCUUAUGUAUACUUUUGGAGAUGGUCGACAUGGAAAAUUAGGACUUGGAAUGGAGAAUUUUACCAAUCAGUUCAAUCCCACUCUGUGCUCUAACUUUUUCAGAUUUGUAGUUCAACUGGUUGCAUGCGGUGGAUGUCACAUGCUAGUUUUUGCCUAUCCACGCGUUGGAAUGGCAGAAGAAAUUGACUUUGAUAAAUUGGAUGAUUCUUUCAGAUCUGCAGCAGCUGCCAGUGAUCUGAUCCCAGGUGGUACACUGCAGAGAACUUUAUCAGCACGUUUACGUCGAAGAGAGAGGGAAAGAUCCCCAGAUUUUGUGCAGACGACACAAGUGCUCACCUUGCAGGAAGAUAAUUUAUCAUCACACAUAUGUUUUCCAAAUGAUCCAGAAUCUUCCGAUAUACCUCCAAGUACUCUGCAAGACAAAAUUAUAACUGACACAGAGGACCCCAUGAAACUUGAGGAACUGGAUGAUGUGCAAGAUCAAAUGCCUAUAGAAAAUGAACCAGAUGGUUCUGCUGCUGAUUCCGAAAGCCUUGGAGAAACUAAUGAUAUCUUAAAUAUGACACAUAUGAUGAGCUUAAAUUCUAAUGACCAGGCAUACAAGUUAUCACCAAUUCAGAAACAAAAGAAACAAGAAACAGAUGAGACACUGAAUCAGCAAGGCGGUAAUACUGAAAAUGAUGAUAGUACUGAAUAUGAAAGUCAAGAGAUGACCCCACCUAUGAAAGAAGGGAACACAUAUAAACAACUUUUGGCAACAGGAGUAUACAAGAUGCCAGUAUCUGCAUCUGUGGAAGAAAUUUCAGAUGAGGAAGUAGGUGAUGAUGACCCAGACCAGUCCAAGGUGCAGUCUGAGACUAAUGCAGAGGCUUUGGAUAAAAAUCCACUUACAGAAGCAAUUCAGGAUGACUAUAAUCCAUGUGGUAGAGAGGAAGGAGCACAGGAAGGUGAAGAACACAGUGCUAAGUGUUCAGAUACCGAAGAAACAGUCUUUGAGCAGGAAAGUGAGCAGAUCCAGUUGCUAAGUCCUGUGAAGGAGCAGAUAAGACAGAAUGAAGAGAGUUUUGAAAGCAUUGAUGCAUUUAUUGAUGACUUACCAAAGACAGACUUAAGUAUCGAGGAUGAAGAAUCUAAAGACUAUUCUUUAGAAGGUCAGUUGAGCAAGCAAGACAUUGACAGUGAAGGGGAAUCUCUAGAGGAGCCAGAGUGUCUCUUGAAAGGUGAAGUUGAAAGCCAGAUGAGCACACUUGAUGCCCUUGAGCAGCCCAAGUCAGUAGACUUUAGUAGUGUAGAGGAAAAGGAUAAUGAAGUGGAAACUAAUGAAAACCUGUGGUCUAGCAGAGAAUCUCCCGAGCAAGCCCAAGAAGAGCCUGAACCCACACUGUGCACAUUCAUGGCAAAAUAUAGUUUUCAGUCUGACCAUUUAUCAAAGAUUCCAGAAGAGAAGGAGGGAUCAGAGGAUUCUGAUGAAAGUGGAAUAGAUGAGCAAGAGAUAGAGACAAAUGACGAUUUGGAGGACUCUGAAGAAAAUGAUGAGAAAACAGAUAACUUGUCAGAUGACCUUACAGAGAAAGCAGAGUCACAGGAUCCAGAAAUUUCAGGAAUUGAUGAACCAGAAGAUGUAGAUGAGGACAUGGAUGAAGAUUUGGCAGAGGAUGAGAAAUCUACUGAUGAUGAUGAAAAUCUUGCAACUGAUGAGAGUAAACUAGAAAAAGAAACAAAAAGUACCAGUGACAGCUCAAUUGACAACCAGGAUGAAAAAAGCCAAGAAGAACGUGCCAUUCGUGAACGUAAUGAAAAUAAAAAAGAAAACAUACCUGAUCGUGCAAAGAGCAGUUGUUCAGAUACCAUGGACAACAGUAAGGAUUCAAAAAACUUAAAGAAGAUUUUCCUCUUUAAAAGGAUGUCUUUGGCCAGUCAGAAAAGCCUGCUGAGUAGUUCUGAUCCACUCCCAGAGAUAAAACCAAUAGGAGACCAAAUAGCUUUUAAGAGCAGUAAGAAAGAUGCCAGUCAGAGCCACAAGGGGCAGAGUCGUCCAGGUUCUUCUCCCCCAAACAUAGAGAAAGGGUCAAGAUCCUGUACUCUGCUAUGAAUAUAUAUUUAUGUUUUUGUGGUAUUGGAGCACAUUGAAAUUCAUACUUGAAUAAAUCCUUGGUUUCUGAAGGAAGUUUUUAAUAACAAAAUGUUUAAAAAUAUAAGUUAAUAUGGUUUACUUGGUUUGAACAGGACGACCAAUUUUGAUAUUUAUUUAUGCUAAAAUUUCUCCAAGAAAACUCAAACUCAUUUAAGUGUUGUGGCCUUAACUUCAGUGUUGCAGUAAGAAAAAUAUAUUUUUGUAAGUUAAAGUUAAAUUAAGAUACUAUGUAGUUUACACUGAAAUAUGUUACUUCUUUGUAAUUUCAUAAGGCAAUAUUUGCAAUCUCAUAACACUGUAACAGUUUUAAUGUACUUGGAAUUUUCAAAAAUUUUAAAAAAUGAGUAACUGUUUUUGAUGAAAGUAUUUUAAUAAACUGCAUCUGGUCGUUUCCACUGUUUAUGUUGAUAAAUAUCAAUAAAAGUUUCUGGAGCUA